AUGAAUAUUCUUCUCGCAGAUCAUCAAAGAAGAAGUAUAAGAGUUGUCAGAAUAUCGAAAAGGUCCUCCGAUACAUUGGACAUUGGCAUAAAGGGGGAAAUAUGUAGACCCACUACAACUUUGCCGAAUAACUACGUAACCAAAAUACUUACAUUUAAGUUCCAAAACAUUUUCCAUUUGGUCAUAUUGAGAAGCAAUGGAUCAAUUCAAUUGUACACCAAAAAUGCAAACUCGAAAUUUUACACUUUAUUCAAGGACUGGAAGAAUAACCUAAUGAGCAGUCAUACAGACACGAUUGUCGCGCUUGAUGUGUUGAACAACCAGUAUCUUUAUAGCUGUUCACGGGAUGGGAAAUUGAUUAUAAGGGACUUAAUAAAUGACGAUGCCGAUAAAAGCUAUGAAGUGUAUAUGCUCAUGGAUAAUAUCGGAAAGAUUGAUUUAAAGUUGGAUAAAUUCACAAACACAAUAUCGGUUGCCACAUGUGGGAAGAAUAACAACCUUAAAUUGUAUACCAUCGACUUGGAACUCGACGGUACCAAUAAGGGAUCUUCAAAAGAUCAAGUGGACUUGACAUAUGUACAGAAUUUUAGAGUCUCGCCACUCAGAAGAUCUUUCAUGACCUUCAGUUUCAACAAUCCGCUUUUAGCAAGUGUCAUACGAUCACCACCACCACCGCCAAUACCUGAGAGGCGAAGUUCAGGAGUAUUGAUGCCAUAUUGGCAAUCGCUGACACCAUUAGAGGAUUAUGUUUACAAUCUGGAUCCCACAGACCGUAUUUCACAAUGGAUGUCUGGUGUAUGUUUUAUUAAAGGAAAUGACUACAUAGUCUGUGGGAGUCAGAUGGGAGAACUAGUAAUUUACAAUCCCGUGGAGGAUAUUUCACCGGUGUUUAAAAAACGUAUUUCACAGUUUUCUAUUCAAAAUAUUGAACAAAUAGACAAUGAUUUGAUUAUUUUUAGUGACUCCAUGAGUAGAAUUGUCAUUUUUCUGAUAAGUAAACGAAAGAUUGUAUUACAGUUUCUGCACUUGGAUUUUGGCCCUUUUCUCCAUUUGAAGUACAUUUUGCCAAAUGCUUUUAGAAGAAAAACUAACGAUCAGGUGGUUACUUUUGAUGAUAUCUAUGUGUUAAGUACAAAGAUGGAUCAACUGUUAGUUAUUUAUAAAUUGACAGAUAGUGGUUCCAGUGAACUAUUGCUAUCAGCCAAGAUAUUGAAUGGUAUGAUCUUUUCAGCAACAUUGUUGCAGUCGGUUUCUGAGUAUGAUCAAUUCAGGAAUAUGUUUGGUUGUGAUGACGAAAGGCAAUGUGUUCCUGCCAUUAUAAAAAAGAGAAAACUUUCAUCAAACUCGUUUGCUUUGAUGACAAAUAUCAGUGGCCAAGAACAUAGUCCCAAGAAUAAGAUAUCCCUUGAAGAAAUGCAGGAUAAUACACUGCUACACACAAGCUCAUCGUCUUCUCAGACUGAAUCGGAGGAUGACAAUACUGAGAGUUUUGAUUAUGUGAAUGUGGAGAAACACAAAGAAGCAACUAAGUGA